CUGUUCCUCUGUUUCUCUGUUUCUCUCUCUGGAGUUGUGGUUUAGUGGUGCUGGCGGACAUGGAGGUGCUGUCUAUGAAUAGUCUGCCGCUGGGGUUCAGAUUCCGGCCCACGGAUGCGGAGUUGAUCGAUUAUUAUUUGAGGUCGAAAAUCAAUGGCAAUCACAGACAAGUCGCUGUUAUCCGUGAGAUUGAUGUUUGCAAACGGGAGCCCUGGGAUUUGCCUGAUUUAUCAGUGAUACAGACAACUGAUCCGGAGUGGUUCUUCUUCUGUCCGCAGGACAGAAAGUACCCGAAUGGGCACAGGUUGAACAGGGCUACAAUUAGAGGGUAUUGGAAGGCCACUGGAAAAGAUCGUCAAAUCAAGUCGGACAAAAUCUUGAUUGGAAUGAAAAAGACAUUGGUCUUCCAUAUCGGGCGUGCUCCUAAGGGUAAGAGGACUAAUUGGGUUAUGCACGAGUAUCGUGCGACACAGAAGGAACUUGAUGGCACAAAUCCUGGCCAGAGUUCCUUUGUCCUUUGUCGCCUGUUUAAAAAACAAGAUGAGACCAUCGAAGAUUCAAAUUUUGAUGAAGCUGAACCUACUGCUUCAUCCUCCAUUGCUGUUGUAUCGUCUCCUCAAGACGUGCAGUCUGAUCUUGCACCGGUUCCAACAUCACCAUCAUUUGAAAGGCAAGAUGAAAAGCCUCUUACCAAAGUCGAAUGCACCUCUGCUGAUACUGGUAAUGCGAUGGGAUCAGACACUUUACCACCUCUACCAACUACUAAGUUCCCUAGCAACAGCUGUGAUGGUUAUGAUGCAGAAUGUCAACUGAAUAUGCCACUGGGGGAGUUGGACAUGUUUUAUGAUCCCCCGCAAGAGCCACUUUUUUCCCCAUUGCACUCGCAGAUGCACGCGGAGCUUGGUUACUACGGCAGGAAUGACUUCAGCAAUGAUCAUCAGGGGGUGACGUUUCCAUAUGGAACCAAUGAGCAAGAUGCAUAUGUAUCCGAUUUCUUGAGCUCAAUUCUAAACAGUUCAGGGGAGCAGAUUGAUGUCGAUGCAAUAGCAGCUGAAGUACCGUUUGUGAAAGAACUUCAAAAUGAUGUUCAGCCUGAGGAGAAUAUUGACAGAAAUGAUCCGUCACUGUUGAUCUCAAUUCCAGAAGAUUAUGACCAAUCCUCAAGGUCUGAGGUGACGAGCAAUCAUGUGAAUGCAAUUAUCAAUCGCGAUGCUGGCACUGGAAUCAGGCUCAGGGCUCGCCAAACACAAAUUCCAACUAGUGCAGAGAACUUUGUGACACAAGGUGAUGCGAAAAGAAGGAUAAGGCUUGCGACUAAAGUUCGGCGAAUCCAAUGCAGCAGUAGACCAGAAGACAACGAACCAAAACCAAUAGCUAUGGAGGAGAUGAGCAAUAACGAAAAGAAACCUAUUGGUGCUGUUGAUACUAAUGUUAUUAGUGCUGACAUUGAUCUGCCAGAAAAAGGAACCGUGCCCAAAAGACCCAACUUCACCACGGAUGGCAGCAUUAUUACCGGCAAAAGGCUGCUUUCUGUGUUGUUGAAAGCCGUCUCUCCUGCCGGUCAUUCUAUGUGGUCCUUAGCCUUUCUGUUUAUAGGAGUUGUGGUUGCAUUCUUGUUCAUAAUCUUGCGAGCUCAUGGGGAUUUCAUUAGUUUUGAAGCCGCCAGAAGACCUUUCGCUGCCUAGCGUACUGCCUAAGCCCUACAUUUUAAGGGUUUGUUUAAUUUUAUGAGGCUAAACACAGGAUAGAUUUGUUA